AUGUUCGUUGUGCUAUUGAUUUGUCUCUUCCUGCUGGCAUUAUUGUGCGCUUCGUGGCUUUACUAUUCCAAGUAUCGGUCCCUUAUUGCAUUGACUUCGGAUUGGCCGAGUGGCCCGUCAUGGCCACUGAUAGGGCAUGCCCACUAUUUCCUAAAUAUUGCGCCGGAACGCAUGUUUGAACAUCUUCGCGAACUUUACGCCAAAUAUGGACGGGAGAAUCGUCUGAAGUUCUGGUUCGGUACGGAGCUAAACCUUUUUACGGGCAAUGUGCACGACAUAGCCGAACUUUCAACUUCUCUGGCCUACAAUCAAAAGAGCGAACACUAUGGGGUCUUACUGAACUGGUUGGGCGAGGGUCUGUUGAUCAGCAAAGGCGAGAAGUGGUUGCAGCGACGAAAGCUGCUAACGCCUGCCUUCCAUUUCACAAUCCUGAAGCAAUUCGUCGAAGUGUUCGAGCAACAGGCAUCGGUGCUGCUCGCACAGCUGUCGGCGUCGGUUAAUGGAGAACCUCUGGAGCUAUUCAAGCCUCUGAGCUUAUACACGCUGGACGUCAUAUGUGAAACUUCGAUGGGGGUCUCCAUACAGGCCCAAACACUAGCCGAAUCAGAUUAUGUGCGGGCAGUUCACAUUAUGAAGCAUGUCACACAUCAGCGUCUCAGUCAUUUGUUCUACCAUUUUGACUUCACCUAUCGCUGGACCCCGUUGGCGUGGGAGGAGCGCAAAGCCCUGAAAACCCUGCAUGGCUUCACAACACGCAUCAUUGAACAAAGACGCGCUGAGCAGCUAACUAAACCCACUACUCUAAGCGCUAAUGGCACCGCUGAGUUGGGCAUAAAGCGAAAGUCGAAUUUUCUAGACAUUUUACUUAACUCUGAAGUGAACGGAGAGCCACUUGGUAAUCUGGAUAUACGCGAAGAGGUCGAUACCUUCAUAUUUGAGGGCUACGAAACCACAGCAACGGCAUUACAGUUCCUCUUCUAUAACUUGGCCACACAUGCAGAGUGCCAGCAGCGUUGCUAUGAGGAGCUGAUCGAGGUCUUUGGGCAUGAUCCGGUCCACUUUGAAGGUCUCAAAAAUUUGCGCUAUAUAGAGCUGUGCAUUAAAGAGUCCUUGCGUUUGUACCCACCAGUGCCUGCCUUUGCUCGUAAGGUUGUGAAGCAAUGCCAAUUGAAUGGCCUAACGGUGCCUGCAGGCACAAAUAUCACCGUCCUCCCCAUGUAUAUAGGUCGCUUACCAGAGCAUUUUGAGGAACCGGAUCUUUUCAGACCCGAACGUUUCGCGGCACAAUCCGCGGGCAAUACGUCAAAUCCCUUUGCCUUUGUACCCUUCUCAGCGGGGGCGCGUAACUGCGUGGGUCAAAAGUUUGCCAUGUUGGAAAUGAAAACGGUUCUCGUCCAUGUAUUGCGUCGCUUCGAGUUCAGCUAUGCCGGCAAUCAGGCGCCGGAACUCAUGUUUGGAGUAACGCUCUGCACUCGUUUGCCUCUAUUAUUCCAUAUCAAGGAGCGCUCUGUUGCCUAA